CUAUAUAUAAAAGCAAACCCAGAUUGCUUCUUUAGCUCUCUAAAGAAAAAAUCUUUGUUUGUCUUUCAUUAACAUAAAGCCUUAAAAUCUUAUUCCUUUUCAACUCAACCUCAAUCACUCACUCCUUUACAUACACUUUUAUAUAUAUAUAUAUUGGUUUCUUCAGAGAAGAGCUUUAUCAUAUUCUCCAUUGAGAAAUUAAAAACAAAGCUUCUCUAUUGAUCAAAGUUCACAUGAAAAGAGACUUGUCAACUAACUGAUUUUGGUAGCACAUGAUCAUUGAGCAGUACAUGGAAAGUAAGAUUUGCUUGCAGGAGUGGAUGGAUUCACCAGGUUCGGUCUCGGUUUCGGAUGAUAACCCGUCGAGAAGCUUUGACUGUAACAUCUGCCUCGACUCAGUGCAGGAUCCGGUGGUCACAUUUUGUGGUCACCUGUUUUGUUGGCCUUGCAUCUAUAAAUGGCUUUCCACUAGAAACCAAGGCCAGAAACAACACAUAUGUCCUGUAUGCAAAGCUGAAGUUUCGGAUACCACACUGAUUCCACUUUACGGCAGGGGCAGCGUAACGAGCAAGGAGUCAAGACCAAAGGCUUCGCAAUUCGGCAUGGUCAUACCGAAGAGACCUCCUGGUCCAACCUGUGGCGUCAGCACGAUACAAGGAUCCCCAGAUACUACCGAUAAUCAUGGAUAUUCAUAUCAACCUCAAGCCUACUUCCCUCAACAGGAUAGUUAUCCAGAUUCACCGAUGUUUAGUCCCCGUGGGACACCUAUAAACGUACCUGAUCCAGUUAUCCGAAUGUUCGGUGAAAUGGUAUACACGAGAGUGUUCGGGAACUCAGUUACCAACUUCUAUACAUACCCAAAUUCGUACAAUCUAGCAAGGAGUACUAGUCCUAGGAUUAGAAGGCACGUAAUGCAAGCCGAUAAAUCGCUCGGCAGAAUAAGUUUUUUCCUAUUCUGUUGCAUAUUCCUUUGCCUUCUUUUGUUCUGAUCACCAUCCUGGCUCCCACUUCCCAUUUAGUAGAAUCCUGUAUAGCCAGAUCGAAUACAUUCAAAUACGAAAACCGUAUGUAUUACCGAUACAUACCGAUAUGCCGCAAUAUCAUGUGUAAACUAUAAGCCAUGUUCUACCUCCAAAACCAUUUCUUGCAGGAUGUAGAGAGGUUUAAUGUAUUGAAAUAAUGAAAUUGUCCCAUCUCUUUCAUGUUUUCUAUGGCAUUAAAGUCUAUGAAAUGUACUUACAAAGAUAA